UUUCAAUCAUUAAUUUACAAAUAUGAUAGAAAAAUCUAGAUAGAAUUUGAUAUUCAUAUUUCAGAUUGAUUUGAUCUUAAGUUUUAGUACGUAUCUAUGAUGUUAAUACUACACUGGUGAGGGAUUUUUUUUUUAGAGAAGUUUGUGAAGUGUUAUUUGUUUAGAGCUAGUGGACCCCUCAACAAGUUCGAUAUGUCCCAGGUGAUGAUUUUGUCUCCCAACUCUGCUGAAAGCACGAGUCCUUGUAAAGGUGGUUUUAAGAGACACUAAGACUUUUAACAAAGUUGAGAGACAAAACUCUCACCAGGACAAUACCAAAUUUAUUUACGAGUCCACCAAUUCCGGACAAAUGACUCAACAUAUACAUUUAUUUAACCCGGACCCGUGAACACCUUUUGCAAAGUAUAAUACAAAAGAGCAAAAAGGUUAGCCUUAAUUUGAUAAAGUUAAGAGACUUAGGGAACAAGCUUUAUAAGCACAAAUAACUACUCUGAUUGUUACACCCUAACCUCUUCCCUUUUGAACAAACGAGAAUCUAUCUUUUUCCUGUUGUUGUAUCAAACAUUAGCAAUGGCUACAAGCCUCAGCCUAAUCCCCAUUAUAGAUAAAUUUCAUAAAAUUACCCAACUUAAAAAUAAAUGAAUAAAUAAAUAUUAGAGAAUUAGCCAACUCAAAUUUUAACAAAAUAUAUCGAUUUAAUUACAUGCUAUUUACAUGUAAAAAAUUAGUAAAUUAAUCCUAAAAAACCAUAGUUACAAAUAUCACACACACAAAAAAGGAAAAAAAAAGAAAAAAAAUUGGAUUAUUUUCAAUAUGGAUAUGAAAAUGACAAAGAUCAGUUGCAUGGGGAUUUUGUGGUAGGAUGAAGCAUGCUUAAUAAACACUACAUCAUAAUUUUUUCUUCAAGCAUUUCAUUACUAUAUGCAAUGGGGCCACCUAUGGGUGACCUUUGUUACUAGCAGAUCCUUUGGCUCACUAUAAAUAAUAUCUAUGAAUCUCUAAACUUUCCCAUACAAAACGAGCUAAAAGCUACUUUGAAUUUGAUAAAAGAAGACAAAGUGGUUUUUAAAAUGGCUUUACUCAUAGCAGUACUGACCUUAGUUUUGCUUGUGUCUGCGUCGACUUCACCAGCCAUUGCUCUUAGCUUGAAUCAUUAUGAGAAAACCUGUCCUGAUGUUGAGUCGAUAGUUGCAAAAGCUGUCGAGCGUGCCACCAUGAAGGAUAAGACGGUCCCUGCAGCCCUUCUUCGAAUGCAUUUUCAUGAUUGUUUUAUAAGGGGUUGUGAUGCUUCUGUGCUGUUGUACUCAAAGGGAAACAAUAAAGCUGAAAAAGAUGGGCCUGCAAAUCUUUCUUUGCAUGGAUUUUAUGUUAUAGAAAAUGCAAAGAAAGAAGUCGAAGCAGCGUGUCCGGGUGUAGUCUCGUGUGCUGAUAUUUUGGCUUUUGCCGCAAGGGAUGCUGUCGUGCUCUCAGGAGGUCCUACAUGGGAAGUGCCUAAGGGAAGAAAAGACGGUAGAACAUCAAAGGCUAGCGAAACUAUACAAUUGCCGGCUCCGACUUUCAACAUAUCUCAACUGCAACAAAGCUUCUCUCAAAGAGGCCUAUCCAUGGAUGACCUUGUAGCUCUUUCAGGAGGCCACACUAUCGGAUUUUCCCACUGCUCAUCCUUCCAGAAUAGAAUCCGCAACUUCAACGCAACGCACGACAUAGACCCAACAAUGCAUCCUUCAUUUGCAGCAAGCUUAAGGAACGUUUGUCCGAUCAAGAACAAGGCAAAGAAUGCCGGAGCAACAAUGGAUCCUUCUUCAACAGCUUUCGAUAACACCUACUUCAAGUUGAUCCUUCAAGGCAAAACCCUGUUUUCUUCUGACCAAGCCCUGCUCACGAAUCCGAAAACCAAAGGUUUGGUAUACAAGUUUGCCAGUUCGAAACAGAGUUUCGAGAAAGCUUUCGUAAACUCUAUGAUCAAAAUGAGCAGUCUCAAUGGAGGUCAAGAAAUUAGGAAAGAUUGUCGUGUUGUAAACUAAGGAUUUCAUAGAUUAGUUAUUAGAUUCUAAAAUCUAAACUAUGAGAGCUAGGUAGUUCAUCAAUGGACUACUACUUUUCCUAUUUUCAUUGUAGUCUAUUAGCCUAGUAAUUGUCGAUUGAGAGAAUUUAUAGCUGAAUAAGCACAGCUACACUACUGUAAUAAACUGAGUAUUAUGAAUGUCUUAAGAAACUAGCUUUAAUCAUAAGAA